AAAGAAGCAAAAUCUACCAAUGGCGAGAAGAUCCGUCUCGAUCCUUAAUCGCCUUCUGGCGAAUCCUCCUUCUCCAUUCACCGCACUGUCCCGAUCCAUCACCUACAUGCCAAGACCCGGAGACGGAGCUCCACGAACCGUAACCCUAAUUCCCGGCGACGGAAUCGGACCUUUAGUGACCGGUGCGGUUGAACAGGUCAUGGAAGCCAUGCACGCGCCGGUGCAUUUCGAGCGGUACGAGGUUCUUGGCCACAUGAGAAAAGUCCCUGAAGAAGUAAUCGAGUCUGUGAAGAGAAACAAGGUUUGUUUAAAAGGUGGAUUAGCGACUCCUGUGGGUGGUGGUGUCAGUUCUUUGAAUAUGCAAUUGAGGAAAGAACUCGAUAUCUUCGCUUCUCUAGUGAAUUGUAUCAAUGUCCCUGGAUUAGUGACACGACACGAGAAUGUUGAUAUCGUUGUGAUUAGAGAGAACACUGAAGGAGAGUAUUCAGGUCUCGAGCAUGAGGUUGUUCCUGGUGUUGUCGAGAGCCUUAAGGUGAUAACAAAGUUUUGUUCUGAGAGAAUUGCGAGAUAUGCAUUUGAGUAUGCGUAUCUAAACAAUAGGAAGAAAGUGACUGCUGUUCAUAAAGCUAACAUUAUGAAGCUUGCGGAUGGACUCUUCCUUGAAUCUUGUAGAGAGGUUGCUAAACACUAUCCGGGGAUUACUUACAAUGAAAUAAUCGUAGACAAUUGUUGUAUGCAGCUUGUCGCGAAGCCCGAGCAAUUUGAUGUCAUGGUGACGCCUAAUUUGUAUGGUAACCUUGUAGCAAACACGGCGGCUGGAAUAGCUGGUGGCACUGGAGUGAUGCCAGGAGGAAAUGUUGGUGCAGAACAUGCGAUAUUUGAGCAAGGCGCAUCAGCCGGGAAUGUGGGGAAUGAUAAGAUAGUGGAACAGAAGAAAGCGAAUCCGGUGGCUCUACUUCUCUCAUCAGCAAUGAUGCUUAGACAUCUCCGGUUUCCUACUUUUGCUGAUCGGCUUGAAACAGCAGUGAAACAAGUGAUUCAAGAAGGAAAAUACAGAACAAAAGAUCUUGGAGGAGAUUGUACCACGCAGGAAGUUGUUGAUGCGGUCAUAGCAGCUCUUGAGUGAAACCAUGUGAGCUUCUCUGCUUCUGCUUGCUUCUUCUUUCGUCUUUAUCAUUUAAACUAAGGGAAAAGUGUUGGUUUUCUCUGUUUUACGUUGCUCUUUUUUUUUAUUUCUUGAUUCAUUUUACUAGUUCAUUUUUUUGUCUUUUGAUAAUAUUUGAUCUCACGUCUGAGCUAAUUGAGCUCUAUGUUAUACAAUAAAAUCAAUAAAGAGAGAAGCAAUGUUGUUUAUCAAGCAAUAUUUUGAUCUCUUUUUGCAUCAAAAUCGGGUAAAAACACUAAUCAAAUUAGUUGAAGUAA